AGACUUUACCGAGCAUGAACAAGCCACGUAAGAUGUGUUCAGGGGUAUUCAUGGAUGCGAAAUUUUAUGUGAUAGGAGGAAUUGGAGGAGUCGAAUCGAAGCGAUUGACUUGUGGGGAGGAGUAUGAUCUUGAAAAAGGAACGUGGCGUGAAAUCCCAAACAUGUCUCCUGUGCAAGCUAACGCUGCUACAUCUGAUGCACCUCCUUUGGUUGCAGUUGUAGACAAUGAGCUGUACGCGGCUGAUUAUGCUGACAUGGAGGUGAGGAAGUAUGACAAGCAAAAUAAAGCGUGGGUUACCAUAGGACGGCUGCCCGAAAGAGCAGCUUCCAUGUGUGGUUGGGGUUUGGCUUUUCGAGCAUGUGGUAACAGGCUAAUUGUAAUUGGUGGACCCAAGGGAGGUGCAGAAUAUAUUGAAGUGAAUUCAUGGAUUCCAAGUGAAGGGCCGAUACAAUGGGACUUGCUUGGCCGAAAGCGAUCUGGUAGCUUUGUGUAUAACUGUGCUGUCAUGGGGUGCUGAUCUUAUAAUCCUAGUCUUUUGUCCUUGAUGAUGUUAUCUUGAUCCAUCUUUCUUUUUGUUUUAAGUUCAUGUUUGUUCUUUUCUAGCAAUCUUUAUCGUUGUAUUGGAAUAUGCAUUUAAGGGGAAAAAUAGGACAAUGAAAUUCCAUAAUUGUACGCUGAUAGACAAGCGAGUUCCUAUCUCAUCUCAUCUUUAUUUUCCCUCCUUUAUAAGAUUUGAUAUGUUUGAAAAAUAGUUGCAUCUUCGUGAAGUCACACCAUUACUCCUUGAGAUAUGACAUAUGCAUGUGUUUUACGUGAUUUUGUCUUUCAUUCCGUCUGAAGUUUUUCACCCAGAGUUUAGUUAAUUCACUCAUAACUCUUUGCAUUUGUUAAUUUCUCUCUACAUCUUAGUCUCAGAGCAUCUAGUACUAGAACAAGGGGAGGACAGAUGCACCGCAAUUGCUGCAAAUAGAAGAAGAGGAAAAGAAGGUGAAGUGUGUUAUACGUCACAACUUUUUGAGUCUCAGAGCAUCUAGUACUGGAACAAAGGGAGGACAGAUGCAUCGCAAUUUGCUGCAAAUAGGAGGAAAAGAAGGUGAAGUACGUUAUAUACGUCACAACUCUUUGAGGUUUGAUUCCUGCGCUUGGUAAAAUAAGGGCAGCAAACCUUUGUCUUGAAAUUUUUUUAACCUAUUAGAUUCUUCACUAACUUUGAAAUUUAAAAUGAUAAUCAAGGAACCUGAACUCAUUUUCUAGUCGGCUUAUAGAGAUUAUUCCACAUGCAACAUCUCUUUUUGCUGUUUUACAAUCAUAAAACGCGAUUAUCACUUUCGAUAGACUUUUAUGUUCCGUUUUGAAAGUUAUUUUCCAGCUGGAUUCUCUUCCUAAGCAAAUCCAUUUGAUCUCUGUGUAGAUUACUGUGACUAAAUCAAAUCACCAAAUAUUAAAUGAGUGGUAAUUACAUUUCCAGAAUAGCAACUGAACUUACUCUUGUAUUAUACACUCCACAGUAACUUUAUAAUGGUCAAUAAGAAGGUUUCACUUCGAAAUGCAAAGAGGAUCUUAGAUUCUAUUCCAUUUAUUACUUACCCUUUUGGCACUUUCCCCUGAUGAAUUUAAUUCUUUUUCUCUCUUUGGAGGUUCACUUGGUCAUAUCUGAGUAAUUAACUAUCAUUAUAGUGCACUGUCUUUUUAAAAUUUGAAGCAAAAUUUUAGUUGCAUCUAUAAAACUCGGUAUCAUAGUCCAUAUGUAUGAAUUGUGCUGAGUGUGCACCCUGUUGUAGUUUGUGAUGGUUGAAUGUAUUCAUUAGUGAAGCCAAAAAUGUAAAUAGUGAUACAGCUAAGUACCAUCUGGAUUUGGAUUACUUGAAUAGCCUUCUUUUGGUAUUUUCCUCACCUCCAUGAGGUUCUUAUUGUUAUUUGGGAAUGUAUGCCAGGUGUUAUUACGGUAAAUAUUUAGCCGCAUCUA